UCAGCGAAGAGAGAGUCAUUCUGAGAAUCAAAAUAAAACAAACGCUGACAAUCUCCGCUGGGCACAGUUCACAUUCUGAGUUGACAGAGUGAGGGUCAUGAAAGAUAACACAAUACGAAUUUCGUUGCUGUGCCUCUGGGCAACUGCUGCUACUUUAGCAGAUCCAGUUUUAGUUGAGCUGCCACAUGGAACACUUCGUGGUCGCGAUAAUGGUGCUUAUUAUAGCUAUGAGUCGAUACCCUAUGCAGAGCCUCCUGUCGGCGAGCUUCGCUUUGAGGUGCCGCAACGCUACUCCCAGCAUUGGACGGAAGUUUUUGAUGCCACGCAUCCUCCAGUUGAGUGCAUACAGUGGAACCAACAAAUCGAUCAAGUGGAUAAACUGAUAGGCGUCGAGGACUGUCUGACAGUCAACAUUUAUAAGCCAAAAAACUACAGCCGUAGCUCAUUUCCCGUAGUGGUCAACAUUCAUGGCGGCGCCUUUAUGUUCGGCCAAACACAGGGUAGCGGGCACGAGGCACUUAUGGCCAGCGGAAAUGUGAUUGUGGUAAAGAUCACCUACCGCUUGGGUCCAUUGGGUUUUCUCAGUAGUGGCGACAGCGCUUUGCCAGGCAACUUUGGCUUAAAAGAUCAACGGCUUGCUUUGCAGUGGAUCAAGGACAAUAUAGAGCGGUUUGGCGGAGAGCCAGGAAAUAUUCUAGUGGUUGGCUUCUCUGCAGGAGCAGCCUCGGCGCAUCUACACCUAUUGCAGCAGGAUUUUAAGCAGCUCGCAAAGGCGGCCGUCUCAUUAAGUGGGAAUGCUCUAGUUCCUUGGGUCAUGCAGCAAAGUGGACGACGACGCGCCUUUGAAAUGGGUCGAAUUGUUGGCUGCGGCUUACUGAAGGACUCAACAGAGCUGAAAAAGUGCUUGAAAGCGAGGGAUGCCUCGGAAAUUGUGAGAGCCGUAAGAGAAUUCUUGGUUUUUAACUAUGUGCCCUUUACUCCAUUUGGACCGGUGGUAGAGCCAGUCGAUGCGGCUGACCCUUUCCUUACUCAACAUCCAAUUGACAUCAUUAAGAGUGGAAAGUUUUCACACGUUCCUUGGCUCGUUUCCCACAGUCAAGAAGAUGGUUCUUACAACGCAGCUAUUCUCCUGGCAAAGCAGCCCAAUGGAAAGGAACUGAUCGAGGAACUCAACAAUCGCUGGUACGACUUGGCGCCUUAUUUAUUUUUUUAUCGCGACUCUAAGAAAACUAUAGAGGAACUGGAUGACUACUCGCGCGACCUGCGUCAGCAGUAUCUGGACAAUCGAAACUUCAGCGAGGAGAACUACUUGGCUGUGCAGCGCAUUUUCACAGAUGCGCUGUUUAGGAAUGACACCCUACGAUCCAUAGACUUGCAUCGCCAUCACAGCAAGAGUCCCAUAUACUACUAUGUCUACGAUAAUCCUGCGAGUCGUAGCGGCGCAGAAUUGCUGGCAAAGCGAAAUGAUAUUCAAAUUGGCACCGGACAUGGGGAUGAUUACUUUCUACUCUUUGAAAAUCAAUAUCGGCAACCUCUGCGCCCUGACGAGGAAAUAAUAUCAAACAGUUUUAUUAAAAUGCUAGAAGAGUUUGCCGAAAGCGACAAUGGGUCUUUGGCCUAUGACGAUUGCGUCUUUCCCAAUAAUAUUGCACAGGAGCAGGUGCAAUUCGUCUUAAUUAAGCGUCACAGCUGCGAGAUUUUAAAGUUAGAUUAGAUUGCUUAAAGAGCAGUCU